AUGACACGGCACUCGAAAAAUUGCACCGCAAAUACGGUGUAUACUUAUCACGAGCGUCGCAAAGACGCUAAACAUUCAGGAUACGGCACUCAGACCGUCCGUUUAGGCAAGGAUUCAAUACGAGCAUUCGAUUGCUGUUGCCUUACACUUCAACCGGCGAAGGAUCCCGUCAUCACUCAGGAUGGUUUCAUUUAUGAUCGUGCCGCUAUUCUUGAGUACAUUCUCUCUCAGAAGGCCGACAUUAAACGGCGCCAGAAAAUAUACGCUAAACAGUGCGAUCGCGCCGCCCGUGAGGCUUUGGAGAAAAAAAAGGCUGCUCAGGAUGAGAAAGCUCGCGCGUUCAUGGCCCUUAACACCCUCGAUACGCACUCCAAGGCCUCAGCUCAAGCCGCGGAGUCGGAAGCCCUCGCUAGCGUCUCCAAGGGAAAUUGUAAACUGACGUCAUUCGAGGGCGACUACAAACCAGGCACGGCUGCCAGUUUCUGGACCCAGACUCCAAGCGCUAGCGAUUCUUUGAAGCAUGAAAAAGACAUUCCCAAACCUGAUCCUGUGGUCCGUUGUCCUAUGAGUGGCAAACCGCUGCGAUAUAAGGACCUCAUAACUGUCAAUUUCACGAACCUAGAUGUAGACGAUGCUGGUUCUGGGAGCUGCAACACUGGAGCUAACGAGAUCCGACGAGUAUGCGCAGUUUCAAAGGAUCCUUUGACAAGCGCUACUCGCUGUUUCGUCCUGCGCCCCUCGGGCGCCGUGGUGACUCGUGAGGUUGUGGAGAAGAUUAUCCGCAAGGAAAUGAUUGAUCCCAUCUCCGGAACGAAGCUGGCCGAGUCGGAUUUGAUUGAGGUGCGAGUCGGCUGUGGAGGCUUCGCUGAUGGGCGCUCCGUUCUCACUGCCUCACGGGUGGCUCCUGUGAUGCCCUCUUGA